AGAAAUAUUACUAAACAUUAGUUUUGAGUCAGCAAUAACAUGUUAUUGUAUUUCUAACAAUGGUUUAUUUUUAUUUAUUGUAUUAUCAAAUGGAGCCUUAUAUUGUCUUGAUUUAAAUAAAGGACAAAUUAUUUUCACAAAAAACAUCAGUAAAGACGGAUAUAAAAUAAUAACUAUAUAUUUACAAAAUGAAAAUGAUGAAUUUAUCAAUAUAUAUCUUGUCGCUAAAAAUGGGGCCAUUUAUAGAGUAUCACAAUUUAAUAGUAAACUUGUUCAAUCACUUAUAUUAAAUAACACCAAUGUUAAUAUUAAAAUGGAAAAUCUUAUUAAGGAAAUUCAGUGUGAACAGCUAUUUAAAGGUUUUUAUAAUGAUCAGGUAAUAUAUGCUGCUGUAGGUGCAAUAAAUAAUGAUAUAUCAAUAGCUAUGGUAUGUUUAAAUAAGUUAUUUAUGUGGCCCUCUGAACAGUCCACAUGUUGCAAUUAUAUUAAAGCAAAGUUUUUUAAAAAUCAUAUGGCUAUGUUAUGUUUACGUAAAGAUUACAUAUUAAAGAUGGUAUGCCCUCAAACUUUACUUGGUGUAAAUAUGAAUACUGUGCCUGUAUUAGAUUUUGCAGUAAUUGAAAACAAUGAUAACAGUUCAUCCCAAAUUCUUGUUUUAGCAGCAUCUGAUAAUUGCAAUAUGCAUACUUUGCAUGUUUUUUCAUUUCCAGAAUUUGAUGAAAAAUUUCGAAUAACUGUGCCAGCUACAACAUAUCUUGUUGAAAUUAUGGAUCCUUGUGAUGAAACAAUUUUGUAUUUGGAAGGAGUUAAUGAUUUGGAAAUUGAUGCCAAAUAUAUUGAUACAGUCAGGGUAAAGACUGUGUCAGAAAGUAUUCCUGAAUGUCAGUUACAACGUUUGCUAAGAAAGGAACAGUUUGAUGCUGCUGAAGCUUUUGCACAAAAGUUUAAUUUAUCUACAGAACCUAUUUAUUGUAGGAAAGCAUUAUUACUUUUAUUGCAACUUGAAUCUCAGGCAAAAAAAGAUUGUGGUUCUGUUCAAUUGGAUAUGCUGCUUAAUGUGCUUGACAAAAUAGAAAAUGUGCAAUACAUAGUAGAAUGUUGUAGUAAAGCACUUAUACCUGAUUAUAAACAAAUGAGAAAAAUUCAUACAUAUGCACGCUCAAGAGUUACAAAAAAUACUGCAAAAAUGAAGACAGAUGAACACCUAAAGCUUCUAUAUUUGAUUAAUAAUAUGUUGCAUAAAUUAGAGACGUUCCAUAUGAUUUGGGGGUAUCAAAAAGAUCACCAAUAUUAUGAUGAUGAUAUUAUGAAAGAAUGGAUAAAAUUUCAACAUGCAGAUUUUGUAGAACUACACAAAUAUUAUAUAAAUUUGGGAGAAAUGGAAAUAGCAACUUUAAUUUGGGUUCGGCAUCUCCCAGACAUAAUUAAACAUAUAUCUGCAGAAACUGUAAGAGAUAUAUUUGCAAUUAUUCCCGAGAAUACAUCUCCAUCUGUCCUUUGGCCAUGGUUAUCACAUUUUGUACCCACAUUAUUGUCUUGUAUUCCUAGUGCAAUAUCUGAAAUUAUUUGUUGGGGAUGUAGAAAAGUUAAAUCAUUUGAAAAAACUUAUUAUUCCGAAUGGCCUAACAUUGGAAUUGAUUUUGCAGAAAGAUUUAUAAAAUUGCUCAAAUUUGAAGAAAAUCAUCAGUCUUUAUAUUCCCACCAAGAAUACCUAAACAAUGAUUCCAAUUUGAAACAACUUAUUCUUUUAAUACAAGCUAUGUCUGAUAUUAAAAAGCUAAAACUUAAUUACAGAUUAACAAUAUCUCUUAACUCAUAUAAUGAAGAUCCUAUGGAAGUAUCUUGUAUGUUACUGAAUAAAGUUCAUAUAGAUAUUCUUCCAGAAUUUAUAAAUACAUUUUUAAAACAGUACAUGUUAAAUAACAUGUUGCAAAAUGAUUAUGUUUUUACAAUGUAUAUACAGAAAAUUAUAAGAAAUUCUAGGACUUACUGGUUUGGUGAAGGAUCUUUAUGGGAAAAAAGAAUUAUCCUUAUCAUAGAUUUUAUACAAAAUAUAGAGACUAAACUGCAACAAACAUUAGAAGUUUUAAAAGCAGCUUCUGUUCCAUGGAGUUCAUCUAUUACAAAUUUAGCAGAAACAAGUAGUACUCUUGACCAUACUUUAGCAUUUCAAAUUAGAACAGAAUGCAAUUAUGUUCCAAUAAAACUUAUAUUAAAGAAAUAUGGCUAUGAACACACUGGUAUAAAUGAUAAAUUAAUACAUCGUAUAAUAAAAGAAAAUCACGAUGAUAUGAUUGCUGAUAUUGAAUGCAUAACAAAAAACGAUUCAUUAUUAAAGAGGAAAACUUUUUCAUGUUGUGUGAAUUAUUAUUUAUCUAAGGGAAAUUUUACCAAAGUAAUGGAAAUAUUAAACUUCUUAGAAACAGAUGUUCUGUUAUAUUGUUGCAUACAGAUUGUUAAUUAUGUGAUAUCUAGUUUGGCAUUGAAGAUAUUACCUGAAUCUCUCAAAUAUUAUAUCGAAAUGUUCGGUUGGGUGAAGUUACAAGUAGAAAAACUCUCAAAAACAUGUAAAACUCAUUUAUAUUAUUAUAGUAAUCUUAUUAAUAAUAUAGAGGAAGUAAAAUCAGUAUAUUUUUUAAAGAAAGAGUUUCAAAUCGAUAUUACACUUCAUGAGUAUCAAACAAAUAAAAAAGAUAUAUUAGACAAAUAUAUUAAAAAGUCAUGUGAAGUGGACAUAGAAAAAAAUACUGACUCAUAUAUGCUUACAUACAAAAAUGUUGUUAAGGUUGCAACAUUACUAAAAUUACAAAAAAUUAAUGCUAUAUCUUUAUUGUUAGAAUGGACAAAAGAUAUAAAUUUAUUUAAUUAUUUUUAUAGAUACGAAGAGAAACCAUUCCAUUUAACGACAGAUGAAUGUCAAUACAUAUACAAGAUAUGUUUAACGCUAUUACAAUAUGCUAAAAUGGAUCUAGAUAAUUCAAUUGUAAUUCGAAAUUUAAGUUCUUCUACAUUGUGUGUUUGUGUAGAUGAUGAUUUGCAGACAAUGUUAUUCUUAUACAACUGGAUAAAUUUGUAUCAACAGUGUUUUACUGAAAGUGCCAUGUACAAUUCAAGUUCAGUAGAUACAAGACAAAAUGAAAUAUCAAAAUCGAGUUGGAAAUUAUAUACAAUAUAUAAAGAUUUAGCGAUUACUACAGAUAAAUCGUUAUUGCCACUGUUUAGAAAUAUCAUUUCUGUACAAAGGUUUUAUAUAACUAAGGAUCAGUCAAUUGCAGAAAAUCCGUUAGAGGAAUUACUUGUUAGCAUAAAAAAAUUAAAAAUUGAGCAUAAUGAUUAUCGUUUGCUACAAAUUAUAAAGACAUUGUAUCUCAGUUUUUGUGUUACACCAAACAUAAAUUCUACAUUGUUAUCAGAAAUUACAAAAGUAUAUUUUCAUCUUUUAACAAUAUUGUUAAAAAAAAUAAUAUAUACACGAUUGUUUGACCUUCAUUUGGGUCUGUCUUGUUUAUUCAUGCUGUCUGAAUCAAAUGCAUCGAAAUGGAUUUUUGACACUCAUAAAUCAUUUCAACCAGACUGUACUCAACAUUUAAGGAUAUCAAUGCUUGGAUAUGAAUAUUUUCGUUUAACGAAGAAUGAAUCUUCUAUGCAAAUAUUUAAAACCAAUAAAAUAAUGCACUGUUGGGCACAAAAAUUAUCAAAGUACUCCAUCUCGUAUAAAGAGAUAUUAAGAAGUGAUGCUACAACCAAAAGAGAAAUAUUACAACAUAUUAUGGAUUACAAUGAUGAUGAUGAUAGUAUUACCUUUUUGUUACAACAUUUCUGCACUGAUUUCGGAUUCGAUAUUCAAGACUGUUUGUUACUCUACUUACAAACAGUACUAAAAACAUGGAAUCCAAAACUGACUACACGCAAUUUAAGCGGAAAGGAAGAAUUACACAUUAAUGAAGAUGAAGUGAAUGAACUGAGAAAAAAAUGCAAUGCUAUUGUUGCUAUUAUUGAAGAUAAAAUUGCUUUGAAGAAGUGUCUAAAAACUAUUUUCUCACAAAUCAAUUUUUACUACUAUGAAGUACUCAUAAUUCUUAUGGAUCUUACAAAAUCAAAAAGUGUAGAACAUAGAAAUUAUAUAUUUUUCUUACAAAAUUAUACACGUACUGGUCAACCGACGCAAUAUGAACAUGAAGCGUGGAUGCAUCUUAAUCCAGGGUAUUCAUCUUUACCCCCUAUAGCGAAAUGGAGAUUACCUUUUUUACCUAAAGUUGAAUUAUGGCAAAUUAUAACUCCGGAAUUGAAUUUAAAAACUUAUGAGAAAUGGCUGGACAUAGCCCCUAUUCUUAAAUUGCAAUCUCAUAUUGUGUGUACAUUAGCUAUUAAAGGCGAAGUAACGCGUGCCUGGAGAAAUAAACGCGAAACAGAUAAAUGGACUCUUUGUUCAAAAAACAGUAGUUUAUUAAAUGACAUAAAAAAAUGUAUAGAACGAAUGACUGGUCCAGAUGUGUUAUACUAUGGUACAGUGGCACUAUAUUAUGUUGUGAAUCAUACACCACCAGGUGCUGACCAAGUAGCAGCAGUUAACGAAUGUUACAAAUAUGCUCAGUUAUCAGCACAAAACUCUACAAUUUUCGAAGAGGGAAUGCUUGAGAAAAUAAAAUUCAAAUAUUUGCGCUUUACAUCAGAACACAUUUUACACACUCAUGGUUUAGGGAAAAAAAAUUAUUUAGCAUUAAUUGGUAAUCCGUCGAAACUGGUGCGUGAAUUAUACUCAGAUGAAAGUAUACCGCAAAGAUAUCGAUGUGUUGUUGAUCACAGACCUGAUAUAAAUUCUGCAGUUAAUCAUAUCUGUGAACUGUUUUCAAUUAACAUAAUAAAGCUACGGAUCGAAUUGCUACAAGAAUGGUUACAACCAGAUGUUAAAUAUAUGAAAUUUAAUCAGAGCGUAACAGAUACAUUUUCUAUGUUGGCAAAUCCUGAAUCAAAUUCUAACUGUGAUGAUAAUUUAUUAAGAGCAUGUUAUAUUCUUGAAUAUGGGGACAUCGAAUUGUCAGCUAACUUUCUUAUAAAUAUAUGUUUCGGUGACAAAAAUGAGGAUUAUAGCUCUGAAGCUCGUUACAGAGCUCUUCAUGUAUUACAGACAAUUCUUGAUCCUGUUAAGUUAGAAGAGUUAACUAAACGCGAUCAUCAAACAAUUAGGAAUUAUAUGAAAUCGUUGAUAUACGUAAGUAGGUUGCAAUUAUUGGGGAUAAGUUACACUGUAAAUGAAUUUGAAACGUGUUCCAAACGUGAACUUGUACAAAUUUUAUGGAGAACACAAAAUUAUUCACCACAAGCAUUUGUUAUUAUUUUACAACUGUGUAUAGAUUUUGAAAUAUAUGAAUACCCGUUAUGGGAUAAAAAUUUGACUCAGUUAGCUAAAUUAUCAAUGAUAAAUGAAUUAAAGAAAAUCUUGUUGCAAGUACGGAAUAUAAGUGCCAUUGUAAAUUCGAAUGGAUAUCUAUUGGGAUGGCAAGCUGUGAUUUUAGAACCUUUUAAAAAAAUGGAUAUAUGUCCAACUUCUGAACAAAUUAAUAACUGCAUCGAAACUCUACAACUUUUGUAUUCAUGUCCUGUUGUGCACAUGUUGAAUUUCAGUGACAUUAUAAAAUAUUGCUUUCAAUGUCAGCAACCACAUUUUGCAAUUGCCCUUUUGCCCUUUUUAAAUGAUGAUGAUAAGAAAAAUGUUUUAGAAAAAAGUAAAAAUGGUGGUUUUAACGUUGAAAAAAUAUUAGAAGAUUUAAAUAGUUUGUUUCUGGAUGGAAUACUCUGUGUACCAUAUUGCAAAAAAAUUAUACAAAAUACAUUAGUAAAUACAAAGGUUCAAUGAAGUAUGAAGUAUUGAUAUAGUUUUUAUGUAAGUAAUAAUCGAAUUAUUGCCAUUAUUGU